CUCGAAGAAACAUUAAUGACUAAAAAACCGGAAAAACAACUAAUUAAUAUAUAACUUUGGUACUUACUAAUUCACUUAACGUUAUUAAGCCACACCAUGAGUCUCACCUGCAUCAAACCUGAAAAACUUUACCAAAAAGACCCAAAAAUAAGACCCGAAGAUGUGAAAAUUUUGCAAGAUUGGUUGACUACACAACCGCAUCUACCAAAAAUAGAAGAGUUUCAAUUGAUUCCAUUUUUACACAGUUGUUACUACAGCAUCGAAAUGGCUAAAACAACCAUCGACAAAUACUUCACUGCAAGAACUCUUCACCCCGAAAUUUUUCUCCUUCCGAGUAACGACAUCAUAAAAAAAACGUGUUCGGCAGUUAUGAGCCAUAUUCUUCCAAAGAAGACCCCCCAAGGGUACAUGAUUUACAUGGGAACAUUGGUUGAUUGUCCGGUCGAAAAUUAUCAUUUCACUACGACAAUGAUUAUGCUAAACUGUGUGCUUGCACUAUAUGCACACCUACAUGGCUUUGAAGAAGGACUUGUUCUCAUAUUUGACUGUAAAGGGUACACACUGAGUCACCUGACUAGAGUGAAUUUGUUAGCAACGAAACACUGGCUGAACCAUCUUCAGGUAGUUUUUUUGGUUCUUGGUGGCUUGCUAAAUUUUUCUUUUCAGGAAGGUACACCUGUGAGGAUUAAAGAGAUCCACAUUGUUAAUAUAACACCCGUCAUGGAUAAAGUCUUAGCUAUAAUAAAGCCCAUUUUGAGCGGUCAUCUUUUUCAAAUGAUACAGCUGCAUUCGUCGCCUGAAACUUUACACAAAUACGUUCCUAAGGAGUGUUUGCCUGAAGAUAUUGGUGGAGAACUUCCGCCGUACGCAAUUUUGAAAGACCAGCCUCUAAACGCGAUUUUGGAAAAUUUAGACUUGAUAAAAUGGCACGAGACUCAGACUGUUGAUGAGUCCAAAAGGACAAAGACGGAUAACACUAUAGAAUCUACCUUUGGAGCGGAAGGAACUUUCAAAAAACUUCAAAUCGAUUAGGAAAUUUUUAGUGUGUUACAUGGAGGAUAAUUAGGAUAAUGGUAGUAGCCUGGUUAAUAGAUGUUUUAAUUUUU